ACGGCGGGUGGCGGCGUGCGUGGCAGUGGGCUGUGGCGCGCGCAGCGGACCUCAUGGCGGCCGGGCCGCAGUCCUCCGGUGCCGCCGUGUCUGUGGCCGCUUACCCGGACUCACCCGUGGAGUUACCUGCUCGCCUACAGAAAGGCGCGAUGCGGCGCCGCUUCCGGGGCGUGUUCAACUGUCUGUGCGCCGGGGCGUUCGGUGCCCUGGCCGCCGCCGCAGCCAAGCUGGCCUUCGGGAGCCAGGUGAAUAUUGGCUUACGAGUCUUAGGCAUUAUUGCCAUGGCAAGCACCAAUUCUCUGAUGUGGACCUUCUUUAGCCGGGGGCUCAGUUUCUCUAUGUCUUCGGCCAUUGCAUCUGUCACAGUGACUUUUUCGAACAUACUUUGCUCGGCCAUCUUAGGCUACGUGCUGUAUGGAGAAUGCCAGGAGAUCCUGUGGUGGGGAGGGGUGUUCCUCAUCCUCUGUGGGCUCACCCUGAUCCACAGGAAGUUUCCACCCACCUGGAAGGCAAGCAAGCAGCAGUGACAACAGUCGGUUGGAUACACCCACUGUAAAGAUAACCACGAUACCCAGCUGUGGGUUGGCAAGUAGGAACUGCUUCCCAGGGCAGCCUGGGAGUGCAGCCCUUUCCUGUCAGCCACAGGGAGGUGCUGGACCAGCCACUGGCCUCUGACCACCUCACAGACUGGAAGGUUAAAGCAUUAGCUCCUGUAAGGGUAUGAUAACCACCACAGCAUGAGGCCCGUGUCCUUCGGUGUUGGUAUAGUGCCUUGAUUCUUGUGUACCAGGAAGUCCUGGAAGACUCUCUGAUAUUGGGUUAGACAACAACAUGGCAAGUACUUGAAAAAACAAACAAACAAACAAACAAACAAACAUGUGACUAGAAUCCUGCUACCUGACUAGGGCCCUUCACGUACCCCAGCGUUGGCAGCUGGCAAAGCUCUCUGAAAGAACAACAAACGCAAUGUGGCGUGCCUCAGGUAGUCUGGGAUGCCUAUGAAUCCACAGCAAAAGAAGGAGACUUUGGCUAAUAAACACUUCCUUGUAAAUUAAAGCUA